UUUUUCAAUUUGAUUUUAUUUCCUCUUCCUGCCGUCCCCGCCCCUCCGCGUCCCGCGCCGCCGCGCGCUGAGAGAUCCGGGCAUGCCCCGCUACGAGCUGGCUUUGAUCCUGAAAGCCAUGCAGCGGCCAGAGACAGCCGCUGCUCUGAAACGGAUGCUGCAAGCGCUGAUGGACAGAGGAGCCAUCGUGAGGAACUUGGAGAACCUGGGUGAGCGGGCGCUUCCUUACAGGAUCUCCAUCCACAAUCAGAAGCACACUCGAGGCGGGUAUUUUUUGGUGGACUUUUAUGCACCAACAACUACCGUUGAAAGCAUAAAGGAGUAUUUGUCACGAGACAUUGAUGUGAUUAGACCGAAUAUUAUAAAACAUCCUUUGACUCAAGAAGUAAAACAGUGUGAAGGAAUCAUCCCCGUCCCACUUGAAGAAAAAUUAUAUUCCACAAAGAGGAAGAAGAAGUAAGAAGAUUCCCCAGGCAUUAUUAGCCUCCUUUUUAAUUCCCUCACACAGGAGCAGCCUGGGUGAAGAGUUCACAAGUUUUGAAGAGCAAAACACAAAAAACUACCUUGGAUUAUAAGCGAGCCAUUCAAAGUAUGUAGUCAGGUGAAAAUAAACAUUGAAGACCACUAUAUAUGGGCAAUCUUUUGUGAGAGUAAUAAAUGUGAUUUUUAAAACCCCA